AUGGAUCGUAUAUUCGGUUUGUGCAACAACGAGAAUAGUGAUACUGUUGGAAGAGUGACUAUGUUACUUUGGAGCAUUUGGCACAAUCGUAAUGAUAAAGUUUGGAAUGACAAUGUCCAGAUGUCGAGCCAAAUCGGAAGGCAUGCCUUUGAUGCUUGGAAUGAUUGGUACUCAGUUCAUAAACUACAGUACGAAUUCACAACAAUACCAAAUCCAGGUUGGGUAAAAUGCAACGUUGAUGUUGCUUUUGUUACUGGCUCUGGGAAAACCUCGAUGGGAUUGUGUUUUCGUAAUAGUAAUGGACAGUUCAUGGCUGGUGUGACACAAUGUCAGCAGUCUGUGAUCUCAACUUUAGAGGGAGAAGCAUGGGCAUUACUUUUAGCUAUGAAAGAAGCUAAUCAUAGAGGAUUCAAUCGAGUUCAAUUUGAAAGUGAUUCGAAGGUGUUGGUUGAUGCUAUUCACAUGAGGCGUAGAGGCAAUUCUGAGUUCUUUUCAAUAUUGUUAUUUUUAUGUCGUCUUUUCUAA